AGCGGAUUCAGUUUCCAUUUAUCCUCAAACCGCGCCAGCAUGAUCAAGUGGAAGAUCUUCGUCCCUGCGAUCCUACAUCUUCAACUGGCGAUCGCCAUGAGGGCUUUCAAUGGCGCCUGCCCCUCCAAUAUGAGUGCUGUCGGGGAUUUGGACAUGGAACGAUUCAAAGGCAAGUGGUACACCCACUCGAUGUAUCCCAAUCUCUCGUUGCGAGUGCCAAAAUGUCAGUCGACGGAUUUCGUUGAGGAGGAAGAAAACAAGUUCAGAGUGGAGGCCCGGGAACUGAGCAACCAAACUGGCACUGUAAAGAUGAGGAAGGCGGACAUUCUGAACAUAGAGCCCCAAUUUGGGAGGUAUAUCUUGGGCACAAGGAAUACGGCAUUUCCCGAGGGCGUUCUGAUGUACGUUCUGGAUACCGAUUAUGUGAACUUUGCCAUCCGAUUUAUGUGCUUCGAUGCCAGCAAAAUAAUCAGUUUUCAUUGGGCUGUCAUCCAGACCCGAAAGCGAUUGCCCACUGUUCAGGUGAUAUAUAUGGCUCAGUACUAUGGAAGGAAAGCCGGUCUGGAAAUAGGUUUCAUGAGCAAAGUUCCCCAGGAGUCUUGUCCGCAUGACACUUGAGCAAUGUAAGCUUGUUUUGAAAUAAAAGUGUGACUUGCCAGUCUCAAUCAGCGCAUCAGA